AUCUUCAGUCUUCGGAUUGCUCUCAGAAUGGACGCACGCAAAUUUUCUACUCAUAUACUGGACACUUCCGUUGGCAAGGCGGCCGGCAGUGUCAGAGUAACAGUUUCCCGGUUGGAUGAGAUCCAGGAGUGGAAACCCCUUCGGGCGGCACAAACUGAUGCGGAUGGUCGUUGCCUUCUCUUGGAGCCUGGUCAAUUUCCGAGUGGGAUCUACAAGCUUACCUUUCAUGUGGGAGCCUAUUUCGCGGAGCGGAAUGUCAACACUCUGUAUCCAGUUAUUGACAUAAUUGUGGACUGCAGUGAAAAUCAACACUAUCAUAUUCCUUUGUUACUGAACCCCUUUGGUUAUUCUACUUAUCGUGGAACUUAAUCGAAACAAAUAAAUGCAUAAAAUGGAA